GUUGAUGAUCCCAGCAUGCCAAAUGAUGAAGGAAUCACAGCUCUGCACAACGCUGUCUGUGCUGGCCACACUGAGAUUGUGAAGUUUUUGGUUCAGUUUGGCGUCAAUGUGAACGCUGCUGACAGUGACGGCUGGACCCCCCUUCACUGCGCUGCAUCCUGCAACAACGUGCAGCUCUGUAAGUUCCUGGUGGAGUGUGGGGCGGCUGUUUUUGCCACCACAUACAGUGACAUGCAGACAGCUGCUGACAAGUGUGAGGAGAUGGAGGAGGGCUACGCUCAGUGCUCCCAGUUCCUUUAUGGUGUGCAGGAGAAGAUGGGGGUGAUGAACCGUGGCGUGGUCUACUCCCUGUGGGACUAUGAGCCUAAGAGGGAUGAUGAGCUUGGCUUUGCUGAGGGCGACUGCAUAACCGUACUGAGACGGGACGACGACUUGGAGACAGAAUGGUGGUGGGCACGCUGCGCCGACCAAGAGGGGUACAUCCCACGCAACCUGCUGGGGCUGUACCCGAGGAUCAAACCACGGCAGAGGAGCCUGGCCUGACGGGACGAGCUGCAGCUUCGUUACAACAUGGACGCACUCAGCAGUGUUUCCAGCCUCAGCACAAAGAAUGUCUGACAGAACUGCCAGAGUGCAGAGAUGGAAGAAAUCAUUCACAGGUUUUCUUUUCAACAGAACCAGCAGGUUUUUAAUAUUUACUGARCAUUUAAUGUCUCUUCUAACAGAACCUUUCUGGGCUCAAAACAACAGAAUGUAAAAACGUCUGCUCUUCUUACUGCUGUUUCCUGUAUUCGCUUUUGUUUGUGUUUUGUUAAAUGUUAGUGGAACACACAUGGGUACCAGCUGACUCACGACCCAGAAAGUAAAGAGCUGGAUGGAUCUCAGCGACAGGUGAUUGAUUUAAAACAAAAGGCAUCACUGCAUCCAGCCAUGCUCCAAAGGAACUGAACUGGAGUUAAAGAAAGAGUUCAUAUACAGGGGUUAGACAAUGAAAGUGAAACAGCUAUCAUGUUAGUGUGGGAGGUUUCAUGGUUAAACUGGACCAGC